CUCUCUUUAUAUUGCCAUUCCUUUGUCACUCUUGGACUCACAAGGUGGUCAAGUCCUACCCUCUUUCUCAUCGCUCUUUCUUUUUCUUGAAUCCUUUCGUUCUUGAGGAGUAAUGGCGGUGAGGUCUGCGCCCGACUUGGAGAACGGUAGCAGCAAUGGUGUGAUGGAGAAGCUGAUCGAGCCGGCCCACACGGAGAAGCACUUCACGUCGGGGGAGAUCGUGAGGGACAUCAUAAUCGGCGUUUCCGAUGGUCUAACCGUUCCGUUCGCCCUCGCCGCCGGACUCUCUGGAGCCAACGCCCCGUCCUCCAUCGUUCUAACCGCCGGGCUCGCCGAAGUGGCCGCCGGCGCCAUUUCCAUGGGUCUCGGAGGAUUCCUUGCUGCAAAGAGCGAAGCGGAUCACUACUACCGCGAACUGAAACGAGAGCAAGAAGAGAUCAUCAAUGUUCCUGAAACAGAGGCUGCUGAAGUUGCAGAAAUCCUGUCUGAGUAUGGGCUCGAACCCGAGGAGUAUGAUCCUGUGGUGAGCGCGCUUCGCCGAAAGCCUCAAGCGUGGCUGGACUUUAUGAUGAAGUUUGAACUCGGUCUUGAGAAACCAGAUCCGAAGAGAGCAUUGCAGAGUGCAGUAACAAUUGCAGCAUCGUACAUAGCAGGCGGUCUGGUUCCUCUCAUCCCUUACAUGUUCAUCCCCAAGGCAUCAGAGGCCGUCGUAACAUCAGUGGGAGUCACCCUCCUUGCCUUGCUCUUCUUUGGCUAUGUGAAGGGCCGAUUCACAGGGAACAAGCCCUUCAGGAGUGCCUUAGAGACCACAUUGAUUGGCGCCAUAGCAUCAGCUGCUGCCUUCGGCAUGGCCAGGGCAGUACAAUCCUCUUAAAGCCAACUCCUUUAUGCGUUUAUGCGGUAAGAGGGAGACCGAUCAACAGGUGAUUGUCCAAGAAAAGAUGAAGCUUUGCAAGUACAGCCUUUGAAAUCAAAGAGUCCAACAACGAAGAUCAAUAUUUUAUAAUUUGGUUUAUCAAUCGUUCGCUAGUUAGCAGUUUAAGGCGUGGAGAAUUUUUACAUCUGUAACUUAUUUAUCAGCAGGCCUUCCUAUUUGUAUUCAGUUCUAGUUAUUGAUAUAAAUAUUUGGAGUAGUUUUUAAUGCAGAAUUUCAUGUUAUUCGUUCAA